UAUUGUCAAUUUAUGUUUUAAUUCAUGAGCUUCGGGUGAAUGACGGAGUGACGGAUUCUUUGUUCUUGUUAAAUUUGAUCUCAAAAACUCAAGUCGAGCAGACGUUAUCUGAUACAAGAAUCAUGGUGAAAGCGAGAAAGUUUGUUUUUGCAUCGAUCUUCGAUGGAGAACCAAAACAAAGUGAUUUUGAACUACAAUUUGAGGAAUUACCAACACUAGAGGACGGCGAUGUGCUGGUUGAAACGAUUUACUGGAGCGUUGAUCCGUACAUGAGAGUACAAAUGCCCAAAUUACCAGUCAAUUCGACGAUGAUUGGUGAGAAUAUUGCAAGAGUAAUUGAAAGUAACGAUCCAAAAUACCCGGUCGGUUCUUAUGUAUGGAGCUUCUUUGGAUGGCGAGAUUUGACGAUAUUUAAUAAUAAUAUGGACAAAAAAGAAAAAGGUGGCAAUCACAUUCCACCAUAUAUCGUUGAGCCGAUCGCAAAUAUUCCGCUAUCACAGCGAUUGGCAUCGCUUGGUAUGACUGGGCUGUCGGCAUACUUUGGUUUGAUUGAAUUGUGUGCGCCAAAGGCAAAUGAAACAAUUGUAAUUAGCGGUGCUGCCGGAGCUGUUGGAAGCAUUGUUGGUCAAAUCGGAAAGAUACUAAAUUGUCGUGUGGUGGGUGUGGCUGGAAGCGCCGAAAAGUGUCGCUGGCUCAAAGAAGAACUGAAUUUUGAUGCUGCAAUUGAUUACAAGAAUGAAAAUAUUGAAGAAGCUCUGCAAAGGCUAGCCCCAAACGGAAUUGAUGUGUAUUUUGACAAUGUUGGCGGUGAGCUCAGCUCCAUCGUUAUGUCACAGAUGAAUGAAUUCGGCCGCGUUGCCUUGUGCGGAGCGAUCUCAACGUAUAAUUUGAAAAGUGAUCGGACAACAAACAUUCCGAUACAGCCCAUCAUUAUUGCCAAGCAGUUGAAAGUGGAAGGCUUCAUUGUGAACCGAUGGUUCAUGCGAUGGGAAGAAGGCGUUGCCAAACUGUCUCAAUGGAUUCUUGCCGGCCAAUUGAAGUAUCGUGAGACGAUUUCGAAUGGAUUUGAUAGUUUGCCAACCGCUUUCAUCGGGAUGUUACGCGGCGAUAAUAUUGGCAAAGCAUUGGUUAAAAAAUAAUUAACCGAAUGGAAUCAAUCAACACCAAUUGAAGACGAAAAUACUUUUCUAAAUUAACAGAAAUGUUUUAAUUCAUAUGUAAUGAAUUUGAUAUUAAUAUUAAAGUUUUUAU